AUGCACAAAGUUGUUAAAAUGGAAGAGAUUAUGCUGUAUUCAGGUUUAUAUGUGCCUGUUAAGAAAUCACCUAUGAUGAAUAACUUUGAAAUAGUAUUUCCCUCUAAUGAAAAAUUCAAGGACCAUUAUGUUCAAAAUUUAAGAAGACAACCAAGUUAUAAAUCCAAGCCAUCAUUUUCAAUCACAAAAGAGUUUAUUCUGAGAUUUAAUAGAACAACUAAUCCAAAAGAGGAGAAGGAAUUGGUGGAUAGAGCUAGAAAAUACAUUCUCAGAUGUAAGAGGAAGCUGGGUCUCAAAACUUUAGGUUCUGGGAGUCACGUGUACCUUCCUACAGUUUGGACUGAAGUAGUCUAUCUAGCUCAAUGCAAAGGAGAAAUCCAAGAGGAAGCCUUAAAUAUACUUUAUAUUUCCUUGGACCACGCUGCCUUUGAUUAUGAACAUCUGCCUGCCUUAUUUUUUGUUGCGGAAUCAAUAUUAUAUAGACUUUGUUGUGAUGCUUCCUUAAAGUCAUACUUAUAUUCAGUUGAAAUAAAGCUGACCAAGAUUGCCUACUUGGUCUGCUUACGACUUUUUAUAUUUUUUCUGCAUGGUCAUCUAGACAGUUUUAAACAACAUUUACUUAGACUUCAGCCAUACCUAUACGCACUUACGUUUUCUGAAAAUUCAUAUGGUCAGUAUACAAACAUGUUUUCAAAUAUACAGUUUAUUCUGAAGGCCAUGGAAAUUAUAUACAGAACAGAACUUCCUAAAUCAAAUUUUAACCAUCUGGAAAAUGAGCAAAAAUGUAACUCAGAUUCUGACAUGAGAGGAUAUGAGAUUGACCAACUAUUUUGGCAUUGUGUGACUGCCUGGUUUUGUGUUCAGAAGAAUAGUCCACAGUUGAAAAAAGUGCUUAAACAUCUCACCUUUCAUAAGACACAACUACAAAAGAAUAGCUGGUUGGACUCAGUACUGGCAUUGAUAGUCUUGGGGGAGGCUGCAAAAUUAAACAUGUCCUGCUUGAAAGCUUUGCUGGAAUUAAUGAGAGAUUUUAUUUGUAGCCUUAAUAUUGUUCAGAAUCAGGGAGAAGCGGAUAUAGCAACUGACAUUUCCCGAGCAUGCAAUAUUGUCUACAUAUAUACAACAAUUCUUGCAGAAAUUUGCUUGUAUGCAACUACUUCUAAUAUGCGAAAAACUGCUUUCGUUGGCUUCUGUGAAUAUGAAAGUUCACAAAAAAAUAUCUUAUCCUGGGAGAAGUCAGAACACUCAGAAUUAAGGAAUACAAGUUUUUUAGGUCUUGUGGAUUUUUUUUCUUCAAGAAUGUCAGAUGAGUGUAAUCAAGUAAUAUGGAAUGGAUACUACAGCUUAGUGUAUAAUCUAGUAAAAAUGUCAUGGGAACUUCAAAAUGAUGAGGAACAGGUUGGAUUUAGAAACAAAAUAUGGCAAACAUUACAGAAAUUAAAGAAUGAAGAUAAAAGUGGAGUAGCUCAGAGAGCAAUAAAUAUAGCUCAGGCUGAAAUUAAUAGUCCAAGUGAUCCUUUCACUAGUUAUGAUUCAAAAGUUCCAUUGAAUAUUGGAGAUGAAAUUUUCUCUAAAUUCAUAGGAUGGAGAAUUGCCAACACACUUUCCAAUCUAUUCUUCUCCUACCAUGAUGCCCAUACUCUUCCUCCAAAAAAAUCAGUGACAAAAGAAAGUAAAAUGAGAUAUCUAAAAAAAAAUCAAGAGUUUCUGAAGAAAAGAGUUCUACAUUUCACUGAAAGGGAUCGUUCUUCUCUAUUAGAAUUGCCUUUGUGUCCAUAUCCAGAAUUCUUCACAAAAGCAGAUAAAGAGUUGACAAGAAUCAUUGACAAUCACUGGCAAGAAGAACAAAAACUUCAAGAGAUAGAAGAUGCAAUACAUGAUGCCCAGGAACAGCAUGAUAAAGAAUUAAGGGAACAAGAACACUUCAGAGAAAUUAUGAAGAGAAGAGAAGAGAAACUUCACAAAAAAACCAAACCCUAUGAACUUCCUCCUAAGAUUGAUGCAAUUUCAUUAGAAAAUAAAAUACUACCUUCAGGUCUGCAAGUAAUUCACGACCUAAAAGAGACCUAA